AUAGUGAUAUCUAUUGUGUUUUUGCUUUGAUUUAACAGUGACACAAAUAUACUAUAUACCAACAUUAUUAUGUGUGUUUUGAAAUAGAUACUUUUAAAAUUGUUAUUCUCAAUCUAGAGUGUAAUGUUAUCAGAGUCAAUGUACUUUGUUUUCACGCCACAGUUCCCUUUCAGUCACUCACUCGGUGUAACAUACUGUGGGGAGUCAAUGUCAAUGACCGAUCAUAUUCACCUGUUGAAAAUCACGCCCAACAGGCCAAUGGAUGCUGAGCCUGCCCUCGGAAGCCUUCCUGGUUAUAAUACCAGGCAUCGCAUUCAUUUCCUCAAUUAUUCGCUCUUCAGCUCACCUAAAGGGAGAAAGGGUCACACAAUCUACAAACUUUUCAAGGACACAAAGAUUACGAAUUUUCGGCUUCAACUUAGGUGUCUGUUAUUGGGGAGAGAGUACUGGUACCCCUAAAGGUUAUGAGUUUUGGGUGUUGGUAUCGGUUUUUGUGUUUGAUAAACGUCCACUUCUUUCUGAUCUGCUUGUGUAGCCAGUGCUUCCUUGCUUGAGUAAGAUGGCCAGUGGUAAGAGUAAAGGCUAACCAGCUGAGUUUUAACCUCCGACCGUACCCUAGGGCAUACCCACAAGUGUUGUCCUGUUUGCCUGGGGUGGAAAUACGCUCAGUAGGCCUUUGGCUCGGACCAGUGAAGGGUGUUCCGAUGAAACCAGUGAAGGGUCUUCCGAUGAAACCAGUGAAGGGUCUUACGAUGAAACCAGUGAAGGGUCUUACGAUGAAACCAGUGAAGGGUCUUACGAUGAAACCAUUGAAGGGUCUUCCGAUGAAACCAUUGAAGGGUCUUCCGAUGAAACCAGUAAAGGGUCUUACGAUGAAACCAGUGAAGGGUUUUACGAUUAAACCAGUGAAGGGUCUUACGAGCCUGGUUGGCUCAAGGGCAGCUCUGGGGCAGCUUAAAACCCCACAGCUUUGGAUUUGGUGGUGGAGAGUGAACCAUUGGUGGUUAAUGUGCCUUUGAUGGAGCUGUGUCGUCGGGUAGCAGAUCACCUGGAGAUGGAUUGGGUGUCUUCUCCACUGCAGCAGAGUUCCUCCAGGUUUGGGAGAAGGUAUUUACCUCCUGUCCCUCACUCAGCGCGGUGAAGCAUCACUUACCCCUGUAUAAAGAUUUUCGCCGAUGAGCUAAAGGCGACCUGGGAUUCCCCUCAUUCAGCCAGGCUCCGUGCUACGGCUGAUUUUGUGCUGCAUCUGUCCCACUGUACUAUCCUAGUUGGGGGGAAAGUAUAAUAAUAAUAUAAUAUAUGCCAUUUAGCAGACGCUUUUAUCCAAAGCGACUUACAGUCAUGUGUGCAUACAUUCUACGUAUGGGUGGUCCCGGGAAUCGAACCCACUACCCAUGGCGUUACAAGUGCCAUGCUCUACCAACUGUGCUACAGAAGGACCAGUAUGGUAGCAGCGGUAGCAGCGGUGGUGGCUCAGCGCCACCUCUGGUUGACAUUGUCCUGGAUUCCUGAGAGGGACAGGCGUAUGUAUUUUGAUGAGCCAGUUUCACCAAAAGGUUGUUUAGCUUGGCAAUGGAGUUCUAACAGGCCCCUUUCAGGGAGAAACAAAAACAGGACACAGCUCUAUGGGCCAUUUUCAGUCUCUGGGGUUCAUAGUGAAUCACAAGAAAAGUUGUUUGACGCCGGCUCAGCGCAUUCAGUUUCUGGGUCUCGUUCUGGACUCGGUUCUGAAUCAUGCGUUUUUGUCCCAACAGAGGAGGGUCGCAUACCGGCUCCGUCUGGCAAGGUUUCAGCUAGAGCACUCUGUGCCUUUUCGCUUGUGCCUGCGGUUAUUGGGUCUGAUGACCUCUAUGAUAGCUCUGGUGUCUCUGGGACUUCUGUUGAUGCGUCUGUUUCAGUGUUGGGUUCAAGGUAUCCCCGUGGUGCCUAAAGGACCCGUGACUGCUGUUGCAGGGGAUUCUUAUGGGCCAGGUAGUGUUCAGCAGGGUGAUCACGACAGAUGCAUCCUUACUGGGAUGGGGAGCGCUGUGUGUGGGCUACUUGGAAAGAGGGAUUUGGUCAACAGCGCAAAGAGCGCAGCAUAUCAAUUACCUAGAGCUUCUGACUGUUUUGCUAGCGCUGAGGCGUUUCCUUUCGAUGUUGGAAGGCCAGAAUGUGAUGGUAAGAUCCAACAACAGGACGGUGGUGGCGUACAUCAACAGGCAUGGGGGGGGGGCACGGUCUCUCUCACUCCUACACAUGGCCUGUUAUCUGCUCGUAUGGAGCAGUGCGCAUUUCCCGUCGCCCAGGGCGACGUAUCUUCCUGGAUCUCUCAACGUGGGUGAUUGAGAAUCAUUGUAACAUCUAAACCGCUGUGAAUUAUCUUUUUCAUAAGCACAAAUAUUGUAUUUUCAGCUGUUUCAAGCUGGUGUACAAAAUCACACAAAAAAGACGCAAAAACUAAACUUAUGAACUGGAAGCAUAGAAAUAGUGCACAUAGAACAGAUCUACCUCUUCUUAAACUUGCUUUCAAUGAGAAUGACAGAUCUAUAACACAGAUGUGUAUUUGGUCAGGUCACCCAAAAAAGUGACAUAUUGCAACUUUAAGUGUGUGUUAUUGAACAGUAAGUUGCAUUUCAUGUUACUGUUUACAUUAUAUUAGUCAUGCACAUGUCGAGUUUAGCACAUUAUAUUUCCCUCAGAGUUUACUCUGUGUCAGCAGCUAAAUAAGCUAAGUAAGCUAGCAUUGUGUAUCUGUAACAUUGUGUAUCUGUAGCAUGUGUGCAUUAGCACUUCAUAUUGUGUAUAUGCAUAGAGAACACGUGUAUAGCAUCAUUCCCUUAGUUACCGCUUACAUGCAAGUUCUGACUGAAAACUGGUGUAAGCAGACCACUAUCUCAAAUCUACUGCUGAUAAUCUGAAUAAUCCUUCCAAAUCUUGGCAAGUAGUUGUAAGUCUGACAUCCUAGAGGUGUGCCUCAAGGAUCAAUUUUAGGUCCACUGUUGUUAAGUAUCUACAUCAACAACAUUGGGAGACAUUGAGACAGCUGAUGUACAUUUGUAUGUGGAUGACACUGUUCUCUAUUCAAGCGGCAGCGUUUUUGACUUUGGCUUAAAAACAAACUCAAAUGGUUUUAACAUCGUUCAACAGAAUCUGUACGAUUUCAAGCUUGUUCUGAAUUGCUCUAAAACAAAAUACAUGUUAUUUUUCCAAUACUAAACACUCUGAAAAUCAUGUCAUUACUACCUUGAAAAGGAAGUCUACAGAGCAAGUAAAGACAAAUAUCUAGGAGUUUGGGCGGAUGAGAAGCUGAUCUUCACUAAUCAUGUUGAGGGCCUGGUAAAGAAGAUAGAGAAUAGUUUUUUUCCAGGCUUGUUUUUCUUUGGAGGCCAGAUAAGAGCUGCUACGGUGUACAUUCCUGUCUAUCUUUGACUACCGUGAUGGUAUUUAUAUGCAGACCUCAAGCACUACCCUGAAGGCACUUGAUUCCGUGUAUCACGCAGCUCUUAGGUUUAUUACUGACCAAAAGCAUCUGACACGCCACUGUGAUCUCUAUAGUGCUGUCAGCUGGUCUUCACUGACUCUAUGUCGGCUUUAACAUUGGUAUGCUAUGAUCAAUAAGGCCACUAGAUCUCUGUUCUUAUUUGACCAGGUCAGAAAAUAAAUACCAGUUACAGUCUCACUCCUACUUACUUCUAAAGGUCCCUAAAAUCAGAACGGAUCAUUGCAAAAAAGUGUUUUAACUACUCAGCUCGGUGGUCUUGGAAUUCUCUCCAGAACAGCUUGAAACCCCAGGAUCUUCUUACUGAGGAAUGUGAUUGUCAUUCGGACUUGGUGCGGUGGUACAUUGGAUUGACUAGUUCAUCUAUGGCGCUUGUAUGUCUCUGUCAUUUAAAUGUAUUUGUGUCUUCCUAAAAACAAACCAAAAAAUGAUGUGCCUAUGUCUGUAAGUUGUUACAGUUGGUCUGAUAUUUGUCCGUGGUAGUCCUUUAUUAGUGGACGACGGGUCGCAACAAUAACCGUCAUUUCAGUCAUACUGCAUGAGGAGUUAUUGUACACCCGUCUAUUAAAUGGAUGUAUGCUUUUGCACACUAUUUGGGUUAAGAUAGCACUUUAGCGUGCCUUUCCGGUGUAUUAAUACAGUUAGCAUUUAGGAGUUAGUCAAGCCUAACGUGGCGCCGGCGCAUGUUACUUCGGUGAUUGUGUUGUGUCCCACCCUUUCCGAUGUCUUUAUGGGAUUCAGUGAGAUUCCAUCCAUUCAGUUAUUAGUAAUGGUGUAGUCAUUCAUGUGUUAUUGCCAACUAGUGGUGCUUUAGUUUAAGCCUUUCAUGUGUAAUAACCUGUUAUAGUGAUGUCAUAUAGUUUAUAUUUGUCAUGCAACGUCAUUGUAUAAUAGCUGUAUAUCAUUCCUGAUUUUGAUGGCACUUUAGUUAUCUGCUUCCACCUAUAGGAAAACCACACAUACACACACAUACACACACGCCUUCACACCCAAGUGUGCCUUGUGUCAAGCCGUAGCUCUGCUGUUACAUACGGUCUAUCUUGAAGUAAACUGCAAGUCAACUAUUCACUGUGUCUUCCCAUCAGUGCAUCCUGACCGAGGCCCAGAUGCAAUAACACCCAUACCAAACCAGCAACCUAAGAAUAAUACACCUUUAGCCCUCCACUACAUUGUGGUCCGUUCAAACCUGGUUAAAGUGUUUACUCCCAGAUCAAGAUGCAGCGAGUUACCGGUGAAGCCUGGACCUGGUCUGAUCAUCCACGGCGCCACGCCUAACCUUAUCCUAGUUGUUGUAGCACAGCAGAGUAUUCACAGUAUUCACAGUAUGCACAGUAUGCACAGUAUUCACAUGGGAAAGAACAUGACCUUCAGCCUCUUAUUGAGGGAGCUGCCAAGACAACACUCCUCUCCACCCAGUCCCUUCCUCUCCAGCCAGGCCAGAUGGGACACAACUCCAGACGAGUGGGAGACCUUCAGAGAGUACAGGUUCGUCCCAGACUCCCAUCUGAGCCACGAGAACAGAGGGACAGUCUCACUCAGCUACGUGAGCAACAAGAAGAGACCUCAUACCCCAGUCCAUAGCUAGAAUCUCUCUCACUAAGCCAGCCUCUACAGAGUCCUCAUCCUGAGGCAUCCCUGCAGCAGAGAGAGUUCUGCCAACACCACCACGGCCCGCAUCAGAGCUUGCUGAGCAUGUGGAGCCAUCACCCAAUGAAGAGGAUAAGGCCAGUAUGACAACUGUGAGUUGACCGACCCUCCACCGUGGCCUGAGCAUGUGAUGAGUCACUUCUGCCGUGUCAUCAGAGUGGCACUCCAAGCCUACAGUGCAGCUACCAAGAGCCUCCUCCAGCAGCAGCUGAGUUGUCUCAGUCCCGGCACUCACCACACCUGUCUGAAGGCUAUUCAUCCACUAGUGGUCCAGCUAAGAGACAUACUGUACCUACCUAUCAGCUCCCAGACAUUUCCAGUGUGGAGAACCAGCCCGCUGACGGUGCCAGGGUGUAUCUAUUAUCUACCUGUCCCUGCCACUGGUUCUCAUUUUGCUCUCAGCAUGGGUAUCCAUCCUGUUCCUGACAAGGUGUUCCAGUCUGCCACCGUUAGCCAACAGUAGCCUGCAGCCAGCUGCUGUUCCAGAGUGGCCACCCUCUCCAGCUACAGAGCAUCAGUCAGCAGUCAGCCAUUGUGGAGCUCUAGACCACCAGUAUCUCUUCCACCAGCUGUAGACCAGGGAUCCUCGGCCCCUGUCCCAGUAUCUCUUCCACCAGCUGUAGCCCAGGGGCCACCACCUGUCUCUAAGCUAAGAGUCAUCCCUGUUCCAGUUAGUGGGGCUUCAGAAGCCAACAACAAGCCCCCACCUGCUCCUGAUGAGGAGCACAGCUCAUCUCCAGCCACGGUCCCUCCCAUGUUGCUAGGACUACAGUGCUACAGACCCCUGGGUGUGGCCUCAGUGGAAGCUCCCAGCAGCAGCCAUCAUGGUUCUCCUGCUCAUGUCUGUGACUGUGCUGCAUCUGCUCACUCUGGCCAUGCUGUUCAUCGCUACCAUGGAGAAGUCCUGGUGGGUCUGGACCGAUGCUGAGAUCACAGACCUCUGGUAUAACUGCAUUCAUGACAACACAACGGGAAACUGGCUGUGUGCUGCCUCCAAUGAAAAUGACUGGUUGCAGGCUGUCCAAGCCCUGAUGGUCUUCUCUGUGGUCUUCUCCUCUAUCUCCUUCCUGGUCUUCCUGGGUCAGCUCUUCACCUUGUCUAAAGUCGGGCUCUUCUAUUUCACAGGCCUUUGUCAGGUCUUCGCAGGUUUCACAUCAUUUGCCGCCUCGCUCAUCUUCACGUUCCACCGUAAGGAGAUCCUGGAGGACUCUAGAGACCUAAGCAUGGGUCACUUUGGCUACUGCUUCAUCCUGGCAUGGUCCUGUGUACCCCUCCUGCUCUUCAGUGGAGUUCUGUAUGUCCACCUGCGCAAGAAGCAGUGAGCCAAGACAGACGUGAGGUCAAUCAGCAGCAUCAUUCAAUAUUACUUGGUACUGUUAUCCUGUUAUCACUCGACUGUGGUGAACAACAACAGAGACGCGAUGAAAGAGAGGUCUUUAUUUUCUCUGUAAUAGAUUUCCAAUGGGAUUUACAUACACUACAUGACCAAAAGUAUGUGGACACCUGCUCAUCGAACACCUCAUUCCAAAAUCAUGGGCAUUAAUAAUAUGGAGUUGGUCCCCCCCCCCCUUUGCUGCAAUAACAGCAUCAACUCUUCUGGGAAGCAUUUCCACUAUAUGUUGGAACAUUGCUGGAGGGACUUGCUUCCAUUCAGCCACAAGAGCAUUAGUGAAAUCCGGCACUGAUGUUGGGCAAUUAUGCUUUGCUCACAGUCAGCAUUUCAAUUCAUCCCACAGGAGUUAGAUGGGGGCUCCGUGCAGGCCAGUCAAGUUCUUCCACACUGAUCUCGACAAAGCAUUUCUGUAUGGACCUUGCUUUGUGCACGGGGUCAUUGUCAUGCUGAAACAGGAAAGGGCCUUCUCCAAUCUGUAGUCACAAAGUUGGAAGCACAGAAUCGUCUAGAACGUCAUUGUAUGCUGUUGUGUUAAGAUUUCCCUUCACUGGAACUAAGGGGCCGAACCCAAACCAUGAAAAACAGCCCCAGACUAUUAUUCCUCCUCCACCAAACUUUACAGUUGGUACUAUGCAUUGGGGCAGGUAGUGUUCUCCUGGCAUCCACCAAACCCAGAGUCGUCCAUCGGACUGCCAGAUGGUGAAGAGGGAUUCAUCACUCCAGAGAAUGCGUUUCCACUGCUCCAGAGUAGUCCAAUGGUGGAAAGCUUUACACCACUCCAGCAGACGCUUGGCAUUGAGCAUGGUGAUUUUAGGCUUGUGUGCAGCUGCUCGGCCAGGGAAACUAAUUUCAUGAAGAUCCAGACGAACAGUUCUUGUGCUGACGUUGCUUCCAGAAGCAGUUUGGAACUCGGUAGUGAGUGUUGCAACUGAGGACAGCAUUUUUAUGCGCUACGCCCUUCAGCACUCGGCGGUCCCGUUCUGUCAGCUUGUGUGGCCUACCACUUCACGGCUGAGCCGUUGUUGCUCCUAGACAUUCCACUUCACAAUGACAGCACUUACAGUUGACCGGGGUAGCUCUAGCAUUGCAGAAAUUUGACAAACUGACUUGUUGGAAAGUUAGCAUCCUAUGACCGUGCCACGAGAGCUGUCAGUAAGGCCGUUCUUCUGCCAAUGUUUUUCUGUGGAGAUUGCAUGGCGGUGUGCUAAAUUUGAUACACCUGUCAGCAACGGGUGUGGCUGAAAUAGCCAUACCCACUAAUUUGAAUGGGUGUCCACAUACUUCUCUCUAUAUAUAGUGUAUGUAUUGUGUGCAUACUAUUACUGUAUCUGUGAAAUACACUUUUUCUCAUUUAAUCUA